AUGGACUCCUGUUGCCUAAGAGGCUUUGACCUCUCGACUGAAGCUCCUCCUCCUGUAACUUCAAGAAGCAACCACUACACAAGACUGUCGGUGAGAAAGCGGGUGCUUUCUGGCAACGGAUUGCAGCGUACUUCGCAGCAAGUCCAAAGGUGGCAAGAGGUGAAACGAGCAGCCAUCCAAUGUAAGCAAAGGUGGCAGAAGAUGAACGAUCUUGUAUCCAAGUUUUGUGGAGCCUAUGCGGCUGCAACAAAACAGAGAACAAGUGGUCAGAACGAGGCUGAUACUGUAAAACUGGCACACGAAAUCUUCUACAACGAUCAGAAGAUUAAAUUUAAUCUUCACCAUGCUUGGGAGGAGCUGAGGAAUGACCAGAAAUGGUGCGAAGUUGCUAGUAGCAGGCGCGAUGUAAGUGGUAAGAAGAGAAAGUGUGAUGAUGGAGCACAAUCAGAAAGCUCUCAAGCAACUUCCAACCUCGGUGAUGAACCAACUAACCGACCUCCUGGCGUUAAGGCAGCCAAAAGAGCCUCUGGUAAGAGAAGCAUCGCAGAUAGCCUGUCUGCCUCUGAGUAUCAGACCAUGUAG